GGGCGCCGAGCUCCGGCCCCUUCCUGGGCGGGCGGCGGCGCGGGGAUGCUGCUGGUGCUGUCGGAGGAGCAGAAGGCGCACCUGGGCUGCCUGCCGCGGGUGGGCGCCGCAGCUUUCGGCGAGCUGGGGCGCCUGGCGGUGGAGCUGCUGCGGCGGGGCGCGGCGGCGCGGGCCUGCGAGGCGGCCGCCAGAAAACUUAACGUUGGUGUUGACACCAUUCAGCGUGGGGUGGAAGGACUAACCUACCUUCUUACGGAAAGCUCCAAGCUUAUGAUUUCUGAGAUAGACUUCCAAGAUUCCAUUCAUGUUCUGGGAUUCUCAGAUGAAUUGAACAAAUUACUGCUCCAGCUAUACCUCGAUAACAGGAAGGAGAUAAGAAGCAUUCUCAGUGAGCUGGCACCAAAGCUUCCCAGCUACCACAAUCUUGAAUGGAGACUGGAUGUGCAGCUUGCAAGCAGAAGCCUGAGACAACAGAUUAAGCCUGCUGUGACUAUGAAGCUACAUCUUAAUCAGAACGAAGAUCAAAUUGCCCAAGUGUUGCAAACCGACCCUUCUACCCUCCUCCACCUAAUUCAGCAACUGGAACAAGCGUUGGGGGAGAUGAAAACAAACCAUUGCAGGAGGAUAGUGCGCAACAUGAAAUAGUAUUGAUUCGUGGCUGUUGUCUUACUAAGCAGUUUGUGAAACAACUAAAAAGAAUGUUCACAAAUACACUUUGAGGAAAAAUAAACAUCUGGAUCAGAUGAAA